GCGGGGAACAUUUGACAGCCAGAAUCCCAAGUUCAACCACUCAACAACUUGGACUGAAUACGUAUUCCGGUUACGGAUUGAAAAUUCCCCGAGGUUUAUCGAUCCUCUCGCGGCUGUAUGACUGUGGAUAAGAUCAAACAGCAGAAAAAGGCAUCGUCCCAUACUUUCUACUCCAAAAUUCUCUUCGUUUUCUCCCUCAUCGUCCUCAUCCUGGCUAUCUUCAGUUCCCGCAUCUCCUUUCCCCGGCUUUCCCUCAUUGCGAGCCAUUUGACUGGCAGUGCCAACACAAUCACAGCAACCAGCCGCUCAACCAUUACAACUACAUCUACACAGAAGAUGGCCUCUUCCCAGUACGCAAAGGAGCUCGAGGUAGCUCAGCUCGCCGUCCAGCGGGCCGCCCGCCUCACCAAGCGCGUCUUCCACGAGAAGGCCAAGGGCACCGUUUCCAAGGACGACAAGUCCCCUGUGACCAUUGGCGACUUUGGCGCUCAGGCGCUCAUCAUCAGCGCCCUCAAGGCCAACUUUCCUUCGGACGAGAUUGUGGCUGAGGAGGAGGCCGCUCAGCUGCGCGAGGACACCCCCCUGCGGGACCAGAUCUGGGAGCUCGUCAAGUCCACCAAGCUUGACGAUGAGGCUGCCGAGCAACUCCUUGGCGGCGCCAUCAAGGAUGCCGACGCGAUGCUGGAGAUCAUCGACCAGGGCAACAGCAAGGGCGGCGCCAAGGGCAGGAUAUGGACUAUCGACCCCAUCGACGGCACCAAGGGCUUCCUGCGCGGUGGACAGUAUGCCGUGUGCUUGGGACUGAUGGUGGACGGUGACGUCAAGGUCGGUGUUCUCGGUUGCCCGAACCUGCCUGUGGACGACGCUGCGCCGUUGGCUGCGGAUAUCGGCACCAAUGCGACCGAUGAGGGCCGGGGUGUCAUCUUCUCGGCCGUUCAGGGCCAAGGCGCGACUAGCAGACCCCUGGGCACCGCCGGUCUUGCGGAGGGCAAGUCCAUUGCGAUGAAGCCUAUUACAGAGAUGUCCAACGCCAGCUUCUGCGAGAGCGUGGAGGCGGGUCACUCGGAUCAGGGCGUGGCUGGACAGAUUGCGCAGAAGCUCGGGAUCACCAAGCCUAGUGUGCGCAUGGAUUCCCAGGCCAAGUACGGCUCUAUUGCUCGCGGCGCGGGUGAUAUCUACCUCCGUCUGCCUACUUCCAAGUCUUACCAGGAGAAGAUCUGGGAUCACGCUGCUGGAGAUCUGAUUGUGCGUGAGGCUGGUGGUCAGGUUACCGACGUGAGUGGAAACCGCCUGGAUUUCAGCGUCGGCCGCACGUUGGCUGAAAACAAGGGUGUCAUUGCGGCGCCUGCUGCGGUCCACGACCAGGUCAUCAAGGUCGUUCAGGAAGUUCUCGGGCAGCAGUAAAGCCUCGGUGUCAUAGUGUACAGGUUAUGGCAGGUAUCGGGCCGUUAUGAGGCCAUGUGUGUGCCAAAAAAAAUAAUAGACUAAAUGUACAAUAUUCCCCCCUUAUCCUCAUCAACAACCAUAUCAGCCACCAAAACCCACCGCGCG